AAUUGAUCAUGGACACCUCUCAAAAUAAUUUUUUAUCAAGGAUCCUCUACAAUGCAAUGGUCAAAGAGGAUAUGAAGAUGAGGGAGAUUAAUAGACUCCGAAUUGCCAAUAUAUUAUCAGAUCUCCAGAAAGGCUCAAAGAACCAUCAACUUCUGAAUUUUGGGAAACAACCACAAGGUGUUAGCGCUUUAGGCAGCCAAGUCAAUGCUAAUCCAGUUGUAUCUGGAAGGAUCAAUCUGCCUAACUUAUUGCACAAAUUUUGUGGCUGUAGGUCACAACAAACACAAGUCAAGCCCAAGAGCUUAAUAGCCUUGAAUGACAUUUCAAAGAAGAGCAUGGAUGAGAAAUUUCAAGAGAAGCUGCCUGUGAUGUUAGACCAACAUAAAAUAACUAGUAAGCUAAAGUAUCCAGUAAACCAAGAGUUCCAAAGCGCGUUUGAUGAUGAUUUGGAAGACCAUGAUUCACUCAAAGGUUUCAACCAAAACUCUUUCAGAUUUAAAGAAGAUCAAAAAGAGGAAGCUAAGAUGGAUCCAAAUUCAAAUGAGCAAUUGUUAGUAGAUAAAAAUAAAUCUCAUAACAAUGAAGAUGGCUGGAGUAAUCAGCCUCCAAAAUCUUACAGUGUUAAGAAAGCCAAUGUUGGAGAAGUCGAUAAGUACAAGUACGAUAUCUCUUAUGUCAAAUAAUGAGAAGACUGGGAGAACCCUCAGGUACUAUAUCUGCAAGUAUGAUAACUGCCAUCGGAGAUUUAAUAAAACAUGGAAUUUCAUAGAUCAUGCUAGGAUUCAUACUGGAGAGAAACCUUAUAAAUGUGAGCUGUGUGGUAAAGAGUUUGCUCAAAAGGGAAACUACAACAAGCACAAGAAUACUCACCAGCAUAGUGUCAAGAAGAAGAAUUACUUGAAGAAGAAAAAUGAUAAGGACAAUGAAAAAGACUAAG